AUGUUCUUACUUCAUCUCGAUUCGUUUUUCGGGGAUAGAAUGGCUGAUGUGAUAUACGAUCCGUUAUCUGUCGGACCUCUUGCUAGCGCUAUUAAGAAACUACUUGUUGCUUCAUUUAAUAUGGAUCCAGCUAACACUUGCUGUUGUAUUCUUGCAAAUACAUUGAGAAAUCACGAAACCAUGGAAAAAUUCCUUCUCUGUGCAGGCGAAGAAGGACUUAUCGUCGAGGAGCAGUUUCGCUUCGAAAAUGGGGCAUUUUCUUUUUCCAAUGAAAAUAUGGGCAGCGAAACUCUGUUUCCAUUUACUGCUAGCGUAAACUGUCCAACUGUAUUCCACAAACUUAUUUUGAGGGUCGUUCCAGUUCAUCCGGAAAUUGGUUGGUUUCAAUCACCAUUUGCUUGA